GGCGGGUGUGGGGCCGGGGCGCGCGGGGCCGCGGGGUCAGUCACGUGCGCCCCACUUACUCCCCGACUCCCACGGGCUCCCGGGCCGCGCGGAGGCUCACGCCGCCCCCGGGGCCGGGACCGCGGCGCCCAGACAACCCCGCCUCGCCGAGCCCGUGAGCUGCGGGCCCCAGCCUGACGGGACCUGUCGGGCCGGGCCUGGGGUCCCGGAGCCGCGCUGGCCCUCGGGGACAGGCGGGGCCGCCGCGGCCUCCGGGUCGCCUGUCGCGGGCCGCGCGGCCCGCCCCUGCAUCCGAGCCUGCAUCCCGGCGAGUCUGCCCCGCCGCGGCUGCUUCCCACUUCCUGUUUUCCUCCCGGCCCUGGCGCCAUCGAGGUCGGCCUGGAGUGGGGGAGGUGUGGAGGCCCCCCGGGAGACAGGCGUAGCCGGUCCUCCGCCGCCACCCCUCCGAUCAAGCCCCUGUGCCCCCCUGAAAAAAAGUUGAGGCGGUCACGCCAAGUUGGGCUUGUUUGCCAGAACUUGCGCCCCCACCCAGGCCCGCGCGGUCUGGGAUACCCAGGUGUGCGUUUGGGGACGCGGCCAUCACGGCCCUUCCUGUCUGCAGCGGCCUCUGCACCCUCUGCUCCUGGAGCCCUUCUCCCGGGCGGCCGCGAGCUCGCAGCCUCGCCGGACCCCGUGCUGCAGAGGGCCCGCAGCCUCGAGCUCUCAGGCUGCAGAGCUGCUGUUUCCGUGAUUUAAGCACGUGGACCCGUACCCAACACACGCAUGGUUUCCUUGCCCGUGCCUGGCUCCUGGCUCCGAGGCCUGGGGAACAGAGCCCCAUUGAGACACCCUGACGUCACCCCCACUCCGUCCCCUCCCCAAAGCUGGGAACAGGCCCUCGAGUAUGCUGUGUCCGAUGAGGAAAGCCGGGUUUGCCUUCCCAGAUUGGGCCUACAAGCCGGAGUCGUCCCCUGGCUCGAGGCAGAUCCAGCUGUGGCACUUCAUCCUGGAGCUGCUGCGGAAGGAGGAGUACCAGGGCGUCAUCGCCUGGCAGGGGGACUACGGGGAAUUCGUCAUCAAGGACCCUGAUGAGGUGGCCCGCCUCUGGGGGGUCCGCAAGUGCAAGCCGCAGAUGAACUAUGACAAGCUGAGCCGGGCCCUGCGCUACUACUACAACAAGCGCAUUCUGCACAAGACCAAGGGGAAGAGGUUCACCUACAAGUUCAACUUCAACAAGCUGGUGCUGGUUAACUACCCUUUCAUCGACGUGGGGCUGGCCGGGGGCGCGGUGCCCCAGAGCGCCCCGCCGGUGCCGUCGGGUGGCAGCCACUUCCGGUUCCCUCCCUCCACGCCGUCCGAGGUGCUGUCGCCCACUGAGGACCCCCGCUCCCCGCCGGCCUGCUCCUCCUCGUCCUCUUCUCUGUUCUCGGCCGUGGUGGCCCGCCGCCUGGGCCGGGGCUCGGUCAGCGACUGCAGCGACGGCACGUCGGAGCUGGAGGAGCCGCUGGGCGACGACCCGCGGGCGCGGCCUCCCGGGCCCCCGGAGCUGGGCGCCUUCCGCGGGCCGCCCCUGGCGCGCCUCCCGCACGACCCCGGCGUGUUCCGCGUGUACCCGCGGCCCCGGGGCGGCCCCGAGCCCCUGAGCCCGUUCCCCGUGUCGCCGCUGGCCGGGCCCGGCUCGCUGCUGCCGCCGCAGCUGUCCCCCGCCCUGCCCAUGACGCCCACGCACCUGGCCUACACGCCGUCGCCCACCCUGAGCCCCAUGUUCCCCGGCGGCGGCGGCGGCGGGCCCAGCGGCUCGGGGGGCGGCUCCCACUUCUCCUUCAGCCCCGAGGACAUGAAGCGGUACCUGCAGGCCCACACCCAAAGCGUCUACAACUACCACCUCAGCCCGCGCGCCUUCCUGCACUACCCGGGGCUGGUGGUGCCCCAGCCCCAGCGCCCCGACAAGUGCCCGCUGCCGCCCCUGGCCCCCGAGACGCCGCCCGUACCCUCCUCAGCCUCCUCGUCCUCCUCCUCCUCCUCGUCCCCGUUCAAGUUCAAGCUGCAGCCCCCCCCGCUGGGCCGGCGACAGCGGGCGGCCGAGAAGGCUCCGGGGGGCGCCGACAAGAGCCCGGGCGCGCUGGAGGGGGCGGGCGCGCUGGCCCCCCCGCCGCCGCCGCCCCAGAUCAAGGUGGAGCCCAUCUCGGAGGGCGAGUCGGAGGAGGUGGAGGUGACUGACAUCAGCGACGAGGACGAGGAGGACGGGGAGGUGUUCAAGGCCCCCCGCGCGCCGCCCGCGCCCCCCAAGCCCGAGCCCGGAGAGGCGGCCGGGCCCGCGCAGUGCAUGCCCCUCAAGCUGCGCUUCAAGCGGCGCUGGAGCGAGGACUGCCGCCUGGAGGGGGGCGGGGGCCUCCCCGGCGCGCCCGACGAGGAGGGCGAGGACAAGAAGGUGCGUGGCGACGCGGGCCCCGGGGAGGCCGCGGGCCCCCUCACCCCGCGCCGGGUGAGCUCAGACCUCCAGCACGCCACGGCCCAGCUCUCCCUGGAGCACCGCGAUUCCUGAGAGCCGUGGGCGAGGGCUCGCGUGCCCCCAACCCCUGAGCUUUCGCUGCCUUAACCCCCUCCCCCCAAAGCCCUGGAGGUGAGGGCAGCUCUGUCUCCUCCUUUCUCCUCCCACAUUUUGUAUAAAACUUUUAAUUUUUUCUUUUUUUUUUUUUUUUUAAACGGUAGGGUGGGUGGGGUGCCCAGCGCUGGGGGCUAAUCCCCUCAUCCCUGGGUUUCUGAGUUCCGGGGAAAGUGGUGGGGGGGAGGGCGGGAGGAGGGGGUCAAGGGGGGGCACCUCCAUUCUGGGGAUUUCUAUUUGAACAGAGGCUUUGGCCUUAAAACCCAGGAACUUUUUUAUUACAAUCGUAGGAAGCAAAGCCUUGUCUCCCUCCCUCUUCUCUGCCUCUUCCUCCCCCUCCCGGCCCCGCUCCCACCCCAGGCCCUAACCCUGCCUUCCUUGCCCCUCGGGGGCUGCGAGUGCCUGGGUUUCUUAGACCCCACGAGGUUGCAGCAGGGGCAGGAGGGACAUUUUAUAAACCAAAAAUUCUGCGGGGGUGGUGGAGGGAGGCAGGGGAAGGUGAGGGGUGCCGCCUGUGGGCCAUAAAUCUCUACAAGUGCCUGUUCCCCGCCCCGCCCCAGUACUGGUCCAGGCCCUUCCCGCCCUCCCCCGGCUGCCCCAGGUCUGGCCCGUGGGCAGGUGGGUCGGGACGGGAAAGGGGUCCCUUGAAACCAAACUGGAAGCCCCUCCCAGCCUCCCAGCUGAGCCCCAGGGUGGGCCGGAGGGCCGAGGUCAAGCCUUACUCUGUAUGGGGAAUGGAGGGUGGGUGGGACGCGAAGGGGCUUCUGGAGAAUGUAUUCAAAACAAUAAAACUUUGGACCUUUGCACGUGGUAAUCUGUGGAGGGCGCUGGGCGUGGCCUCAGCCCUGGCUUAGGUCUGGACAGGUCCAGACACACCUGCUCACCUCUGUGGCCGGAAGGCCUGACCUCAUCUGCAGGUCAGAUAGGCCACUCUCAGGUGCCGCGGGCCUCGGCUCUGAUGGCUGCAGUUUCUGGCUCUCUCUAGUCUUGUAUUUCCCGGACUGGCUCCCUAUCGGCCGAUCUGCCUCUGGGACCCUCACCACCAGCCUGUGGUGCCUGGUUCUGCACUGCUCUUCCCAGCCACACCCGUCAGGUCCCCAGAGCAGGAAGGGCGAGUAUUUUAAACUGCCUCUGGGCCGCUGCGCUGCGCUGGGGAGGAGGCUGUGGGCGCCUGUAAGCCCAGCCUGGUGAGGAGGGAGGGAGGGUGUGUGAGGCUGGGCCGGGGCGAGGGGUCGCUCUGCUUCGGCGGGGGCCCGCGGCCCUAAGGUGACGCUGCGCCUGCAGAGGGCCUCAUCCUCGGCACAUCUGCAGGGCGGACGGGCCAGCCGGGGGCUCCCGCUCCGAGUCGGCACUCGUCCGCUCAGAUACACACAUUAAUAAAAGCCUUUUAAGAAAUCUGUA